UCAAUAAUUUCGACUUACAACAAGUCAUUGUCUUCAUGUUCAAAAUCUUUGUCCACAUUAGAAAGACUGAGCAUCUGAUAUAUACUGCUCACAAAGUUUCUUUGUGUAGUAUGCAGAAUGGAGGAUGUAAUAAUGGAAGAACGGUGGAAUCUGUUUGAUGAGCAAUUUUGCCAGUAUUACUACCAUGAUGAUUCAGUAGAUAUGGCAGAUUUGGUGUUAGAAUCUGAUUCUACUCACUCUCCGUUCACUCCUUGGAAUGAUCUACUCCAAGACAAUGGAACACAAGAUUUCUGGUCAACUUCAGAAAUCCAUACAGUAGAGGAGGAAUUCUUGCAAAUCAUAUACAGCACCCAGAAGUCUGAAGAAUCAGAAAUACAAUCAGAAAGUAGAAAAAAUAGUAUCCAUAGUUGUUCUGGGAAUCAAGAAGCAGUAAACCAUGAUUACAGUUCAGGCAACACAAAUGUUAGCUUUGACUGUAAUGGAUCCAUGUCAUUUAGUAAUACUGAUUCAGAAGAAUACAAGGGAUUAAGACUUGUUCAUCUUCUAACUGCAUGUGCUGAGGCAAUUUCACAUGGUACUCAUGAUCUUGUUGAGACCAUAUUUUGCAGGCUAACAGAACUGGUUUCUCCAACUGGGUCUACUAUGGAAAGGGCGGCUUACUAUCUUUCUCAAUCCCUGCGCCAGACCCAUAUUGGGAUAGUUGGUGUUAUAGGUGAUCGAAUGUGCAAGCAUGUGUUCAAGACCCAUGAAAAUGGUACUAGGACUAAGGACCCAAAUUAUAUUGGGGCUUUUAGUUUGCUAAAUAUGGUUUACCCAUAUAUCAGAUUUGCUCAUUUCACAGCCAACCAGAGCAUUCUGGAAGCCAUUCCUGCUCAGGCACAUACGCUGCAUAUUCUUGAUUUCGAUAUAAUGGAGGGCCUUCAAUGGCCGCCAUUAAUGGAAGCUCUGAAAAGUGAUUCAACCCAUAAGCUCUGCGCCCUAAAACUCACAGCAGUUAAAUGGCAUAAUGAUGACGAUGAUGAUCAUGAUGAUCAUGAUGAUCAUGGUGGUGAUGAUUCAGAGCCGUUUAAAGACACUGGAAGAAGAUUGUCUGAGUAUGCAAGCUCUCUGGGGAUUCCAUUUUCUUUCGAAGAAAUUGAACUGGAAAAUCUCAGAGGCAAGCUCAGGCGAGAUGACAAUGAAGUGUUUGCAGUCAACUGUAUGUGGGAAUUGCCCCAUAUGCGCAAGCGAAGUAAAAAGCAAUUAGCAGAGCUCUUCAAUGGCGUGAGGGACUUGAAACCUGUUGUUCUGACUGUGGGAAGUGGACCUGUUGGGAUGGACAACCAUGAAAACCUCGAUUUUUUAGAGCGUUUCAGUGAAUGUUUGAGGACUUUGUGUGCAGUUUUUGAUUCAACUCAGGUGGGUUUGCCAGACAAAUUCGGGCUUGCUCGCUCCAAUGUAGAAAAUCUCUUCUUGGGGCCCAUGAUUUGCAGAUCGAUAAAUUAUAUACCUGAUAAUCAGGAGACUGAUUCAAUUCCUGUCAUGGACCUUGCUGUCAGGUCUGGAUUUAUUGAGCGAGAUAUCAGCCGCACAAAUAUAAUGUAUGCAAAAUAUAUGUUAGCAAGUUCUGAGGCGGGAAGAUUGUACGCAGUAGAAUUGAUGGGCAAGCAUCAACUACUGCUUAAAUGGAAUUCUACUUGUUUGACAUGUGUUUCUUCCUUUACUGGUCUUUGAGUAUUCCACGCCAUGGUAUGUAAAAUUAAUAUCAUGUCCAGAGAAAUCUCUUGUGAUGUCUUCAGCGAGCAGCUUUCAUGGUCAUCGUAUUAAAGACCGCAUGGUUAUUAGGUCAGGCUGCUAUUUCGCUGAAUGUUUUCUUGUACUAAAUGCUCAAAUAAAUUAAAAACGAUAGGUUACGGUAGCGUUUCAAGUGGUCCAUGAUUGUGUUUACUUUUACUUUCUUAAUUAUUCUGUUUAUAGAUAGGAUACGGUUGUUCUUAAUAUUUUCUUUACCAAAUUCUCAUACAAAUUAGAAAAGGUUGUUUAGUGGAGUGUUUUAAGAGAAUAAAAUAAGUUGUUGAAAUAUAACUGAAUUUAUGAUUA